CUCCAGGGCGUGGCUGCCGUCUUCUUGUUCGCCUUCGCCUCACUCUACACACAGAUUCCGGGUCUCUAUGGCACGGAGGGCAUCCUACCUGCACGGAGGACACUGCGGCCGCAGGGCAAGGGGCGCUGGCAGCAGCUCUGGGAGAUCCCGACACUGCUGUGGGAGGCGCCAUGCCUGGGACUGGACACAGCGCAGGGCCUGGAGCUGCUGAGCCUGCUGGGCACCUUGCUGGCCCUGGGUGCGCUGCUGCUGCGCCGGCUGCGCCACCCCCUCGUCUACCUGCUGCUCUGGGCCGCCUACCUGUCAGCCUACCAGGUGGGCCAGGUGUUUCUUUAUUUCCAGUGGGACUCCCUGCUGCUGGAGACUGGCUUCCUGGCCGUGCUGGUGGCCCCCCUGAGGCAGCCCCCCAAGGGCAGGCUGGCGGGGGCCUUGCCUCACGAAGACCUCCCCUUCUGGCUCGUGCGCUGGCUGCUGUUUCGCCUCAUGUUCGCCUCUGGUGUGGUCAAGCUGACCAGCCGUUGCCCCGCAUGGUGGGGGCUCACUGCCCUCACCUACCACUACGAGACGCAGUGCCUGCCCACACCUGCCUCCUGGUUUGCCCACCACCUUCCCGUCUGGCUGCACAAGCUCAGCGUGGUAGCCACCUUCCUCAUCGAGAUCGCCAUGCCACCUCUGUUCUUCGUGCCCGCUCGCCGCCUGCGCCUGGCUGCCUUCUACUCCCAGGUCUUGCUGCAAGUCCUGAUUAUCAUCACUGGCAACUACAACUUCUUCAACCUGCUCACCCUGGUGCUCACCACUGCCCUCCUGGAUGACAAGCACCUGGCUGCCGAGUCUGGCAACAGCCACCGCAAAAAUGCACCUGCCUCCUGGCCCAAAGCUCUGAUGGGCCUGCUGGCCUUGCUCCUGGAGCUGACUGUCCCCGGGCUGCUGGCCUAUGGCACGGUGCACUACUUCGGCCUGGAGGUGGACUGGGAGCAGCACACUGUCCGCUCCAGAACCACUUUCACCUUCCACCAGUUCUCCCAGUGGCUGAAGGUGGUGACCCCGCCCACCAUGUGGCUGGGGGUGGCCUCCCUCACCUGGGAACUGCUGAGGGCUCUCUGGAGGUGGACCCAGGUGUGGGGGUGGCUGCAGAAGUUUUGGGCUGCAGUCCAGCUGUUCAUUUUCGGCAUUGCCACAGCGGCCUUGUUCGUGAUUAGCCUGGUGCCAUACUCUUACAUGGAGCCCUCCACCCACGGGCACCUCUGGACCGGCGCCCACCGCCUGUUCGGUGCCGUGGAACACCUGCAGCUGGCCAGUUCCUAUGGCCUCUUCCGCCGAAUGAGCUGUCUGAGCGGGCGGCCGGAGGUGGUGCUGGAAGGCAGCUACGACGGGCACGACUGGACGGAGAUCGAGUUCAUGUACAAGCCGGGGAAUGUGAGCCGACCGCCCCCCGUCGUGACGCCCCACCAGCCGCGCCUGGAUUGGCAGAUGUGGUUUGCGGCCUUGGGCCCCCACACGCACAGCCCCUGGUUCACGAGCCUGGUGCUCUGCCUGCUGCAGGGCAAGGAGCCAGUGAUCCGCCUCAUCCAGAACGACAUGGCCAGGUACCCCUUCCACAAGCAGCCGCCCACCUAUGUGCGGGCCCAGCGCUACAAGUACUGGUUCUCACAGCCUGGGGAGCAGGGCCGGUGGUGGCGACGCCAGUGGGUUGAGGAAUUUUUCCCACCCGUGUCCCUGGGAGACCCCGUGCUGGACACGCUGCUCAGGCAAUUCGGCCUCCAGGACAAGAGCCCGCCCCGGGCACGCAGCGCCAGCAGCACCCUUGCCCGGGCUCUCCACUGGUUACGGAGACAGCUGUCGCCUCUGGAAGCCCCCACCUUGCUCUGGGGGCUCAUUCUCACAGUCGGGGCCAUUAGGGUCAUGCAGGCCCUGCUGGGGCCCCAACCUUCCUGGUGGUCUUCUCCAGCCAGAGAGGAGAGGCCAGCCCCCAAGGACUCAGCCCGUGACCGGGCUGCCCCAGCCCCCAACAGCCGCAGCAGCAGCUCCCAGACCUCCCGGCGGAGAAAGUAGCUGUGUCCUGUGAGCCGCAUGUCCCAAAGGGCUGCGGUCCCCGGCAUAUCUGGCCUUCUGGAGCAGGACAUGGCCUUAGCCAGCUGUCUUGGCAGACAUGGGUCAGGAUGAUGCCCUCGGGGAAAGGCUAUGGCUGCCAUGCUGUCUCGAGGGCCCACUUGUCCCCCGCGUCACCAUGUCCCUUCCCGGGCACCCUCUGCCUGGAUGACAGCCCAGGAGGCGGACGUGAGACCAGCUCAAAGUCCCUCACAGGAUGCUGCAGUCAGAGCUGUGGGAGUUUGGGAUCGAUGCUGCAACCCCAGCACCUGCGCAUGCGCAGGACGCGGACAGACAGAGGAGCCAUUUGGGGUCAGGAGCCAAUAAAGGCGGCUCUGUGCUUAAUGUGUGCCUGCUGUUUCCCUCUCACUGGGGGCCUGUGGACAGUGGGCCUCCCUGCCUCCGGCGGGGAACCAAGCCCAGAUGCUGACCAGCUGCCGCUGCCCUGGCUUCUGGGCAUCUGCUGUCCUGUCCUCAGAAUCCCCUCUAUACAUAAAAAGGGUGCUCAUUGAAUCAUCUCAGCAGCUUGUUGAAAAUCAGCUGACCACAUGCAGGGCUUAUUCCUACGGUUUCUAUUCUGUUCCAUGCGUCCAUGAGUGUGUCUGCAUGCUGGACCACUGGUUGAUUACUGUAACUUCCUAGUAAGUAGGAAGUUUGAGUCUUACAGUUUGAUUCUUUUUAAAGAUUGUUUUGGGUCCCUUGAGAUUCCAUACUAAUUUUAGAUUGUAUUUUCCUAUUUCUGUAAGACAAUCCAUUGGGAUUUUGAUAGGGUCACUUUGAAUCUAGAUGGCUCUGGUAGUAUUGUCAUUGUAGCGAUACUAAGUCUCUCAAUCCAUGAAUUUUAGUUUCUUCUCUUCAUUUAAGUCUAGCAGGUUUUAGCAAUAACUCCAAGUGUUCCGAUUGUAGGUUAUAAAUGCCUAAAAUGUUUUAACUACUUUACAAGUUUAAUGUUAACUAAUUUUUUAAAUGUUCAGUCAUCUGACCUAACAAUCUUUUCAAGCUUCGAGGGAAAAAAAAAUGAAUAAGCAAACAAACACAUUGAGCCAA